AGAAAACGUGGAUGAAGAGGUGUCAGAAAGUUCUAGCACCACCGCUGCCAUGCCCUUCCAGUAUCUUCCAGUUCACAAAAUACCCCUAUUUAGGCCCUAGACCUCCGUUCCCCUUACUCACCAUAAAUUCCGGCGAAACAAACCUCAGAUUUCAGUUCAAAUUCUCCGAUUCUCCGAUUCCAAUUUCCGUGUGCAGAAACAUGAAGCCGACCGACGACAGCAGGAAGGAGAAGGUAACGAUUCGAGCGGAGAGCCGCGACGAGGAGGGGAAGAAGAGAGUGGAGAAGACGGACCUCCACACUCACAGCAUCGACACCGUCAAAUACGUGGAGAAGAAGCUGAUCGAUAAGGGAGUUCAGCGCCUGGAUCGGCAUCCCGCCGACGGCCGGAGCGGAAUCGGCCAACCGCCGCCGAAAUCUGGCCGCGGAGGGAAGUACACUUGGGAGGGCCCCGGUGGUGCCAUAGAGAACCAGUUGUCGCCGACGCCGGCCGCGAUCGACGAGAAGGAUCCGAACUUCGUCGAUGAGGAGGCGGUGAUCGGAGAGGUGGAGGUGCCGAAGGCUGCGGCGGCGAGAGAGGGGGUUUCGAGAGUGGAGAUCGAUCCUCAGCUUCAAUUGCAAUGAAUAUGAAAUGAAACCCUCUUUUAUUUGAGUUUCUGUAAUUUGCAUUUAGCUGUGUGUUUAGGGUUUUCCAUUUUUACUUUUGUUAAAAAAAAAAGAGCAAAGAAAGUAAAAUUUGAAAAUAUGAUAAAAUAAAUCACUUUUUUUUUCUUUUUAUUUCGAGAAAAAGGGUCACAGUGCUCGCUUUAUAAUCGGGAGCUGUUGUAGAUAUUCAAAUGGUUUAAAGUUUUCAACAUUAUUUCA